AUGGCUGCUCCUACACAACUUGCUUACCGCACGGUCAAGGGAGUUGGCAUCGUGGAUGCGUCUCCUGUGUACGAGCCCUUGGCGGGGUUUGAGAGACCGGAGGGGAACCUUCGUUGCAGCGCAUAUUCUCCCUGUGGCCGAUAUUUCGCUUGGGCAUCUCCCGAGAAGGUCACCAUUAUUGAUCCUUCCGUCGGACAUGCCGUUUCCACGAUCCCCGCCGACAACGUUUUCGAACUGGGAUUCUCGCCCCUCGGAACAUACCUGAUUACGUGGCAGCGUCCGUCCAAGGAUGCCAAUGGCGAUGCUGUCAAGAACCUGAAGGUCUGGCACGUGCUAGAGACGGAGGAACGGAUUGUGGGACAGUAUGUCCAAAAGUCACAGACCGGCUGGAAUAUCCAGUACACCGCCGAUGAGAAAUUGUGCGCCCGCGUCGUCACCAACGAGGUCCAGUUUUAUCAAAGCGAUAACCUAUCUAAGGUCUGGAAUAAGCUGCGCGUGGAGGGGGUGGCAGAUUUUGCGCUUUCGCAAGGCCAGAAUCAAUCCGUUGCGGUUUUCAUUCCUGAGCGCAAGGGACAACCCGCUGCCGUCAAGGUGUUUUUGGUGCCUCAGUUUGGAUCACCGGUAUCGCAGAAGACGUUCUUUAAGGGUGAUAAGGUUCAAUUGAAAUGGAACGCAUCUGGCACCAGCUUGAUUGUCCUUGCGCAGACUGAUGUCGAUAAAACCGGCAAGAGUUACUACGGAGAGACUACUCUUUACCUGCUGAGCUCGACCGGUCAAUUUGAUUCUCGGGUGCAUCUGGACAGAGAGGGCCCGAUCCACGACGUGAGUUGGUCUCCCACCUCCACGGAGUUCGGUGUCGUCUACGGUACCAUUCCCUCCAAGACGACUAUCUUCAAUGUUCGCGGUGUUCCCAAGCACAGUUUCCCAUUGACCCCCCGAAACACGAUCCUGUUUUCUCCCCAUGGUCGCUUCGUCCUCGUGGCCGGUUUUGGAAACAUGGCUGGUCAGAUGGACAUCUACGAUAUGGAGAAGAACUACAACAAGAUUACUACGGUGGAGGCGGCGAACUCGAGUGUUUGCGCCUGGUCGCCUGAUGGCCAGACCAUCCUGACUGCCACCACCAGUCCCCGUCUGCGAGUAGACAACGGUCUCCGCUUGUGGCACGUCAGCGGAGCACUGCUGUACAACGAGGACAUCAACGAGCUUUACGAUGUCGUCUGGCGCCCCCAAUCCACCAUUCAGCACCCACUAGGCGACCCGUUCAACCCUCUGCCCACCCCGCACGCUUCGGCAGUGGCCUAUCUCAGCACUAGGAAAGCUCCUGUUAAGCCCGCCGGCGCAUACCGACCCCCAGGUGCCCGUGGACAAUCCACCCCUCUGGCCUUCCGCCGUGAAGACCAGGGUGGAUCUGCCUAUGUCCCCGAAGGCACCGCGACAGGUGGUGCUCUGAACGGCCAGGCCCGAUCUCGCAGACGUGGUGUGCCAGGUGCCGAGCCGGUUGAAGAAUUCCUUCCCCCGGGAGCCGCUCCCGGAGGAGGUGUUGCCCUGCCACCUGGUGCGGACCAGUCAGAGAAGCUAUCCAAGUCUGCGGCGAGAAACAAGAAGAAGCGUGAGGCUCGCAAGCUCAAGGAGGGCCAGGAAGAAGAAGUCAAUGAGCGCAGCCCGGCCCGCGGAGAGAAGAAGACCGAGAACGGUCGGCCUAAGGAUGGCCGUAAGAACGGACAGCAGCAGAAGCAGCAACCCAACGGCGCGACCAAGGCAGCUCCCGCUCCCGCUCCUAUUCCGGAGCCUACCCCUGUCGAUGAUGGCGUCCCUAGCGUGCACGAUAAGAAGAUUCGCGGCCUGCUGAAGAAGAUUCGUGCAAUCGACGACCUGAAGAUGCGCCUUGCCGGCGGUGAGAAGUUGGAGGAUACGCAGAUGAAAAAGAUCCACACAGAGGAAUCAGUGCGCAAGGAAUUGGAAGGCCUGGGCUACAACGGAUAA